AUGGCGACUUCAUAUUUAUCAAAACCCGAAACUAAUUUCGUUUGUUUUGCAAAAGUGUGCGUGGAUGUUGUAAAGAUACCUUUAAUUGACAUUCUUUUUGAUCAGAUCAAGCCAGACGACCUUUACCAUAAAAUCAAAUCAUGUGCCGCUCUUUCAGCUGAAAACGGUAAACUUGUUCCAGAUCAAAAGAAAAUAUGCUAUUUAUCACCACCUCAUCUCCCUGACUAUAAAUCAUUUGAUGUUACUUUACUUUACACACUUAUAAGAAAUUUGUGUCCUUCGCUUGAACCAACGCAAGGUUGGGGGAUUAAACCAAAGGCUACACAUACAAAGAUUGGGGAUGAUAUCGAGCGUCUAAGACUGUUUAGAAACAGCUUUGCACACGGCGAAUCAACAGAAAUUAAUGACGAUGAAUUUGAUGACAUUUGGAAGGAAAUAAAGUCAGUUAUUCAAAGAAUGCAAGCAUCGACAAACCCAUUAAAAAAAUAUGAGCUCGAGUUGAUAAAUAUAGAGGGCUGUAGGUUUGGAUAUGAAGAUCGGGAAAAGUACAAAACUUUUUUGGGGGUUACAUUGCAUAUGUGGAAACAUAUCGAAGAUGAACCUCAGAUUUGUAUAAAAAGUGCUCAGGAAGUUUUAUGCGGGGAGACAACGCAUUUUGAUGCAGACUUGAAACAGUUCGAUUCUCAAACUUGGUCAAUGUACUGGCAAAAGACAAGAGAAAAGACAACAGAACAAAUUGACACAGUAAAGGAUAAGUACAAGAAUAGCUCCAAUUUAAGGCUUACAGUAAAUUUCGUGAGUAAGGAAGAUGAAGGGGAGUACCAAGUUGUCUUAGCUAGAAAACACAAUGGUGGGGAUUACAAGUUAUGCAGCAACAGAAUUUAUUUAACACCAAUUGGAGAAAAACCAUACUUCACUCGUUGGAAAAUUACAACAGGAAAAAAGAAAAUAACUAUUAAUUACAGUUACAAAAUCUCAGAGAGGUCACCAAAAGUACUUAAGAUAGAGUGGACAAAAAAUGGGGAAAAUAUAGAAAUUAAGACAGGAAAGUACGAUGGAGGUGGCUUGAAUGGCGGCUUUUUUAUUCUGAAAUCACCAACUAUGGACGAUAUAGGCAAUUACUCAUGCACAGUCACCAAUGCUGUAGGAUCAGCAUCAGAACAUGCAGAUUUUGAUCUUCCAAUUGCAAACAUUUCAACCAACUCAGGACCAAUUUUCGGAUCAAAUACGAUAAUUACUUCAAGAAUUUCAUCUUGUCCAUCACUUGAAGGUGUGGAAUGGCAAAAGAGCAUUGACGGAAAUACUUUUAACUGCAUAGACAUAAGUCAACCACGAUAUAAAGGAAGUAGAAUUGAACCCGAGUCUCCAUUACUUGUCAUACCGAAAACAACAUUUGAAGACAAACUUUAUUAUCGACUUUUAGUUUGGAAUAUAUUUGGACGGUGUAUCAGUGAUCCGUUACAUCUCAUCGUAACAGGAAGUCCUCCAAAUGUUUUGACAAGUCAUAGAAUAUAUUUCGAACAUCAAUCAGUAAAACUGAUUGGCACAGUUUUUGUGAGUGAAAAGUCUCCUGCAGUGCACACAGUAUUUUGGACAAAAAAUGGAGAGAAAAUUGUAACGUCUGAAAGAGGUGGAAGAUAUUCGGAAGUGAGCGUUGACCAUCCUUCACUUACCAUAAACAGUGUAAACUCUCAUGAUAUCGGGGCUUAUCAACUCAAUGCCAUCAACGCCGUUGGAUCAACUGCUAGUGACACUAUUGUCCUUGAUGAACCUAGAAUAUGUGUGGAAAGAAAAGAAAAUCCUGAUAGCAGCCACUGCUUUAUAGCACAGAUCCAAUCCGUUCCGGCAGCCUAUCACUCUCAAUGGAUGGUAAAGGGGAAGGAUGAUGAUACGUUCAAGCCAGUCGACAUCAAUGAUGAGGAAUUUAAAGGAUCUUCAAACGCCCUUCCUCGUCCUAUAUUGGUUGUAAAACACAACCAACUACUUAAAGAGAAUUGUUUUGUCAUCGAAGUACAAAAUUUUGUUGGGAGAAAAACACAUUGUUUUGCAGGCAUGUUUUAUUUGCAUUUUUAUCGUUAA